AUGGCAGAAACAGAAUCAAGUGAAAAUGGAGUUGCUCAUUCUGAAGAAAUAACCGCAUCAGGACAUACAAUGAUCAAAUGCCAUGUCAGAAAGAAGAAAUCUCUGCGGGCCCGUUACGCUUAUGGAGUCAUUUUUCUGUUAACGAAUAUCAUAGGUUGGCUCUUUAGGGACUACGGAGAAAGGAUUUUGCCUAUGUUGCCAUACUCAAAAGCCUGUGGGGCAGAGGAGCAAGAAUGUUACCAUACAAUGGGAGUGCUUCGAGUCAGUUUUGGAUGUUUUAUAUUCUUUUUUAUAAUGUUUCUGACCACUGCCAACACAAGAAAAUUACAUGAAGUUAGAAAUACAUGGCAUUCUGGAUGGUGGGGUCUGAAGUUUAUCCUGUUGCUCAUCUCCUUCAUGAUUCCAUUCUUUAUACCCUCGGAUUAUAUUCAACUCUAUGGUAAGAUUUUCUUGAUUCUCCAGCUCAUAAGUGUGAUUGAGUUUAUCACAUGGUGGAAUAACUACUGGAUGUCUGAUGAUAGAAAGAAAUCAAGCUGUUCAAUCGGGCUAUUCAUGUCAACGGUAUUUUACAUAUCUUCUGUCUGUGGAAUUGCGGUUAUGUACGUGUUUUACGCCUCCAAAACAUCAUGCACUCUCAACAUAUUCUUCAUCUCUUGGACCGGUGUUCUUCUUGUUGUGAUGAUGGCCAUAUCCUUGCACUCAAAGGUGAACAGAGGUCUGCUGUCUUCAGGGAUAAUGGCCUCGUAUAUUGGAUUUGUCGUUGCUCUAUGUGCAAUUGUGAUUGCAACAUUCUCGACAGGCAUUGAUUCACAAUCAUUUCAGCUACGUAAAAACGGAUCUAAGUUGCUGGAGGAUGACAUUCCAUAUGGCUAUGGAUUCUUUCACUUGGUGUUUUCUUUGGGGGCCAUGUACUUUGCAAUGCUAUUCAUCAGCUGGAAUUUAGGGAGCUUGACGAGAAAGUGGAGUAUUGAUGUCGGCUGGGCAAGCACAUGGGUGAAGAUUGUUAAUGAAUGGUUUGCCGCUACAAUAUAUAUGUGGAAGCUGAUUUUCCCUGUACUGAAAGAAGCCAAAGUUGUGAACCACGAUGAAGAGUCUACAGAACAAGUGUAG